GUCAGUGUUGGGGGAGAGAGCAGAGGGAGAGAAAUCGGUCCAGCAUCUCUGGAGCAGUGGAGCGGACUGGAUGACAGGGACACACCGUCUUCAUUAGACCGAAAUGAGGAGGAUUUAACCGAAUGCGUACCCCCCCCACCCCCCCUUAACCCACCACCCCCGAAACUGGAUGUUUAAAGACUGAACCUCCUCGUCUGCCGUAGAUCAGCGCAGGAGAUCUGACUUUAUUCUAUCAAUGAGAUAAUGUGGAGUGGCUGUACCGCCCGGUGGUAACGCAGAAAAACACAAGAUGAAGAAGCAGUUCAACCGAAUGAGACAGCUCGCCAACCAAACAGUGGGCAGAGCUGAAAAAACAGAAGUAUUAAGUGAAGACCUACUACAGGUGGAGAAACGUCUGGAGCUGGUCAAGCAGGUUUCUCACAGCACGCACAAGAAGCUGACCGCCUGUCUGCAGGGCCAGCAGGGCGUGGACGUGGAAAAGAAGUCUGUCAGGUCGCCUUCGAAGAAGCUUCCCUUAACUACGCUCGCACAAUGUAUGGUGGAGGGGGCGGCAGUGCUCGGAGACGAGUCUCUACUAGGGAAGAUGCUGAUGCUCUGCGGACAGACGCAGGAGCGACUCGCCCAGGAGCUCAUCCUGUUCGAGCUCACCAUCGAGAGAGACGUCGUCGAGCCUCUGUACGACCUCGCAGAGGUGGAAAUCCCAAACAUCCAGAAACAAAGGAAACAUUUAGCCAAGCUGGUCCUGGACAUGGACUCAGCGCGCACACGGUUUUAUCAGUCCACCAAGUCGUCGGGACUUUCCACCAACCUGCAGCCGACGGGAGCCAAGGCCGACCACCUCAGGGAAGAGAUGGAGGAGGCAGCCAACCGCAUGGAGAUCUGUCGAGAUCAGUUAUCAGCAGACAUGUACAGUUAUGUGGCCAAAGAACUCGACUAUGCAAGCUACUUCCAGACACUGAUAGAAGUGCAGGCUGAGUACCACAGGAAGUCAUUAGAGCUGCUUCAAAGUGUUUUACCACAGAUCAAAGCUCAUCAGGAGACCUGGGCGGAGAAGCCAUGCUACGGGAAACCAUUAGAGGAGCACUUAGCGCUCAGCGGGAGAGAUAUUGCCUUUCCCAUCGAGGCCUGUGUCACCAUGCUGCUGGAGUGUGGCAUGCAGGAGGAGGGUUUGUUCAGAAUCGCUCCCUCGGCCUCCAAACUAAAGAAGCUGAAGGCGUCUUUGGACUGCGGGGUGAUGGACGUCCAGGAGUACUCUGCAGACCCGCACGCCAUCGCAGGUGCUUUGAAGUCGUACCUGCGGGAGCUCCCCGAGCCAUUAAUGUCAUAUGAGCUCUACAACGACUGGAUCCAGGCCUCCAACAUUCAAGAUCAAGACAAGAGACUGCAGGCUCUCCUGAGCGCCUGUGAGAAACUUCCACCGGCCAACAACAACAACUUUAAGUAUUUGAUUAAAUUCCUCUCCAAACUGACUGAAUACCAGGACUUUAACAAGAUGACGCCUGGAAACAUCGCCAUCGUGCUCGGUCCAAACCUGCUGUGGAUGAACAAUGAAGGAAACAUCACAGAGAUGAUGACAACGGUUUCCCUGCAGAUCGUUGGGAUCAUCGAGCCGAUCAUCCAGCACGCCGACUGGUUCUUCCCCGGAGAAAUCGAGUUCAAUGUCACUGGGAACUACGGGAGCCCGGUGCACACAAACCACAACGCAAACUUCAGCCUGAUGCCGUCACCGGACAUGGAUCAGGUGGAUCGACGGCAGAACGACCAGAGUCGACGGCCGCUCAGCGUCGCCACGGACAACAUGAUGCUGGAGUUCUACAAAAAGGACGGCAUUAGGAAGAUACAAAGCAUGGGUGUCAGGGUGAUGGACACUACAUGGGUGUCGCGCAGGGGAUCGUCUUCUUCUUCGCGCAAAAAUUCCUCCACGCCGCCAAACGUGCAUCCCCCGACCCCGCCCUGUGACGCUCUCAUUCCAGAGCAACCUGGGGAAUACGCCGCCUCCCCCUCCCCCACCCCUCCGCCCAAUAACAGCGACCGAGCCAGCUCGGAUGAUGCAUCCUCCAAUUGGUCGGACUCCUGUUACGCCUACCCCUCCCCCGAGGAGGAGAGGCCGCCUCCCCCUUACCCCUCUUCCUCCUCUUCCUCCUCCUCUUCUUGCUCGUCCUUUUCAAUCCCGCACCACUUCUUCUACACCCGAGCACCCCCGUGUAAGCGUCCCGUCGCUCCCGGUCCCGAAUCCGUUCCCCCCGGCCCAUCCCCUCCCCCACGCCGCACCGGCUACAGCCCGCCCCCGCUCCUCCACUCCCUCAGCCCGUCCCCCCAGCAGCUUGAUGUCAACUCCAACCCCAAACCCAGCUCCCUGCACCUGCCCAAACAGGCCUCUCUGUCUGAUGCUUCGCAUGCCGCCCCGUCCGAGACAAACGGCUCCGCCCUUUACAUUAAACCCCCGCUUGUUCUUACUCGCCACGAUCUGUUCCUUGGCUCCCCGAAACCCCCAAACACCCCCCUAUCCGCUCCCCCUCCAUGGGCAGCCUGUGCCUGUAACCGGGAGAAAGGAGCCAAGCUGACUAGUACUCUGAAGAAUAAGGAGCUGUCUCCGGUGAUCGGGCAGAAGGGAACGAUGACCUCUAGUGGACAGUCGCAGCACUGUGAGAACAGCCCUCACUCUCUGAGGAGAGCAAAGAAGCUCGCCCCGAUCCCGCCUAAAGUCCCAUACUGCCAGACGGGAGCCAUGUCCGACCAGUCGACGGGUCAGCCGUCUCCGGUCAGCCUGUCGCCCACUCCUCCCAGCACCCCCUCCCCCUACGGCUUCAGCUACCCACAGGGGUACGCCACCAUCGGCUCCCCGGGACAGUCCCAGAUGGCGACCACCCCGUCUCUCUCCUCACCGCCCUCCCUGGCGGGGACUCUGACUAAGAACAGGCCGACCCCCAAACCGCCGAGGCAAAGGCCCAGCUUACCUCCACCUCAGCCCCCCUCCACGCCCGGCACCAGUCCCCAACCUUUGGAGCACUCAACGGGUAUGCUGGAUGGUUUGUCUCCUGGGGAGAGCAUGUCUACAGACGCUCUCUGCAACCUGGACAUCCCGGUCAUCGACGUGGACCUGGACGGUAUUUUUGACUUGCCCCACAUCGCCCCCUUCAGGAACUCAUUGGCGCUGCUCGAAUCGAUAAAAAAGCGAGCGGAGUCAGAGGAAGAGUCUGAGAGCACAGUGCUAUGACGCCGCUGAGUUCCCCUACACACACACACAACGCUACUGCUGCACUGCUCGCUCAAAGAAACACACACAAAACAAAAACACACACACACUCACUCAUCGACCCUCACCUCUCUAGCUGCAUCUGUUCGGCCUCUAUGUGGAAUUCAUCAUCACCUAAACACACGACUUCUAGAGAAAUUAAAAGAAACUAAAAAGAAACCACCAGGUGUUAGGGACGACAUCAUCAGGGUUGGCUUUUGAUCAGACGCACAUUUAGACGUUUUAUGUUGGCUGGAAAAACAUGUUUUUAUAUUUAAUCUUUUCUGUUUCUUUUUGCCUUAUUUUUUGACUCACUUGCAAUAUUGCCUUUAACUUCACACACGAGACUGGAAACAGGCUGCUGGGAGGGACGAGCGCUCUUUUGCUGCUGCUGCUGCUUCUAAAGUGAAUUGAAGAAGUGACUGCACAUCUGUCCCGCCAUCACUAAGGCGUUCUUAUUUUUUUUUUUCUCUUUGUCCUUUUUCUUUAUCUGUCAUCUUAAUGUCAUCCUGCGUUCCCCCCGGGGGGCGUCUCCUUUUAAAGUUGCCUACUUUGGGCACAUGGUUUCUGUCCCACCUGAGCGUUCACUGUGAGUGUGCCAGUUUGUUGUUUUUAUGGAAAGUGUGUGUGUGUGUGUGUGUGUGUGUGUGUGUGUUUUGUAUGUGUUUGGUAACUGUACUAUAUAAUGUUGCACUGUUGGUGUCGUGGAGCGUAAACAGGAAUGCAUGUUUUUUGACAUUUUUGGGAAAAGAACUACCAGGUUUGCAAAGAGGUCACAAGUCCAAUCACACUUUUCUCUGGUGUUUUAAAAGGCGCCCGAUGAAGGAGCUAAAUCACUGAAUAUUUAUUGUUUAUACUGUACAUUCUCAGAAUAUAUGAUACAAAUAACAUUAUAAGUCAAAUAAGAUCAUAUUUUGUAUCGACAGAAGAGCUAUAAAGACCCAUAUCAUCCCGAGAGAUUCAUACUGUCAGGGAGCUUUGAAAUAUAUUAGAUGCAUUAUUUAUCAAAGGAACAGAACACAAGGGUUCACAUGUUUUUUUGUUUUUAGGAACUUAAAAUGUUUAGUGAGGAGGGAUAGGAAAAGGAACCUCAUAACGGGAUUACGCGUUAUUAUUUUGGCAGCACGCUAAGUCUCAUGGGAUUUUAUUUUUCCCAUGCAGGGUAAGGUUCAGCGUCAUGAACAGGAAGCUGAAUCACAGAGAUCACACAGAUGUACACGUUUGGAACAAUGGAGCCUGGAGUCAGCCACCACAACAUUUAAAUUCAUAACUUAAUGCAGCGCAAUGACAGCUGGAAUCGGCUCCAGCCCCCCGUGACCCCCAACGGGAAAAGGGGUAUAGAUAAUAGAUGAGAUUUAAUGAAGUCCGACCCACAAAGCAGGAGCUCUGUGAGCAGCAGCCUUCAUGUACUCUGGAGGUUGGACUUGAUCUAAAGUUCCCCUGUGGAGUUUUUUGUUGUUGUCAACAAACCAGAUGUUUCAUUUAGUGUUCAAGCUAUAAAAAACCUUCACACUUCCAUUUUUAUAAGACAGGUGCGUAGGAGUUAGCUGGAGUUUUCCUUUAAGUUUGCUGUUUAAGCUAAAGUGAAAACCUGAAAAAGUUGUUUUUCCUUGAGUUCUAACAAAUACGUUGAACGCAUUUUUGUAAUCAACAGCUGCAAAGCACGUUUGUAAGAUGUUUGAUUUCACUUCAGCAUCGUUAAGAUCCAAGCUGGCAGCUUUUUACUUUCACCUGCUUUGCUGCAGCAGAGGAGAAUCAUUGCACAAAAAAAAAAAAAAAAGACCCACUCAACAUCUAUUGCUCAACAGCACUCCAUAAAAAAACUCCACAUGGUACCUUAAUGAUUAGGAUUCUUAAUUAAGCCCUGUUUCCACCAAGUGGUCCGGUUUGGUUCAGUACAGUUUGGUACCGUAAACCAAGAUCAUGCUUUGGUUUCCACAGCCAAUCGUACCCUUGCUCAUCACUAAAUCACAGUGGCGAGACGUACAGUAGUGCAGACAGCCAAUAAAUCCAGCGAAGAAGAAGAAUGGGACGCAGCUAACAAAAAUCAAUGAUUCCUCGGAAGGUCUGCAUCUCUGUAGUCGCCAAAAACAGUUAUGAACAGCCUUGAAAUGACUCUCUCCAAAUCCACAAGAUAUUUAAACAUGGUGAUUUUAUAACAGCUGUAGCACUGGAAGUGAAGAUUCUUUCGACCAAUCAGCGGACUGCAGUGUGUCUAGCUCCAACCUUUAGGGUCAGAUCUGUAAGCUUGGCACCCCAACAGAAGGGUACCAAAAAAAGGAGGACGGUACGGAUUGGUUAUUUUGGUACAGUUCCCAACUUUUGACGGUGGAAACGCCAAUAAAUAUGUACCAAACUGAACAGAACUGAACCGGACCGCUUGGUGGAAAUGAGGCUUUAUUACAUGUUAAAAGAUGAUCAAGUGGAGCCAUCCAUUAAAUUCAAUUCUUUCGCCAGAAAUACAAAUUUUAGGAUACGUUUUGGAGCAUUUUUAAAUGACCUGCUGCGGUCAAUAAUCAUCAUUGUGGCGGUGAAUGUUGUGAGUAUUUUGAUGGCAUACUUCAGGCUCCAUAUGGAACAAUCUGUUACAACACAUCAUGAGAAUCAUCCCCGGUGAGGCGUUCACUCACUAAAGUGCUGGUGCCACAUCACUACGGUAACUCACAGGAACUCUUGAGUGAUGAAGCCAAUAUUUUUUGGUCCAUACAACUGAAGGCAAACAAAGAGAUGUGUGUGUGUGUGUGUGUUUAUUUUAAAGAGAGUAUUUAUACAGAGAUAUUUCUGAAUCCUUUUUACAAGCUCUGACGAGUUGAGAUUGUUUCCGCUAUAAAUGAAUCAUAUCUGAGGAUUGAGGAAUAAACGGGACCAGAUUUCCCUUGCUGGCGCGCUGAAUCCUUCAGGAGGGUCGGCUGAACAGAAAACUUGAAUAUCAAUAAAAACUGGAGUUACAAGGUUUGGGUACGACAGCAGCAGUUUGUAAUUUGCCUUGUGGUGGGGGUUUCGCUGUGACCAUAUCCCGAUUUGUAAGACUUUGAUUUUGUCCUGCGACGAUCCACUGAACACGGCCUCAAAGUCACUGUGCUGCUCUGCCAUCUUGUUUCUUUUCAAGUGCGGGAUUAUUCAAGGGACUUCUGUAAAUACUGAAACAUCUGUACAUACCACGUUGUGUAUAUACCGAGAGGGGAGACUUUUAAAUAUAUAUAUGUAUAAAUAGAUAUAUACUGUAUGGACAAUUAUAAAUGAUGAGCAUUAUAAGAUUAUACUGUACAUAUAAUAUUAUAAUGUGUUCUAGCACAAUGUUGCCACAUUCACACACAGUAGAGUAACUUUAUAAGGCACAGUAGCUCUGGUGGUUCAAUCUAGUUUUAGGAUCUUCUCAAUAACGACAGUGCAGUGUGUUCACGAGCAUUACAAAAAAAAGAAAAACUUUCUACACAGUAGGGGCGCAAAUGAUGAACAAUUUCAAUAUUGACUUAUUUGUUUACCCAUCCUUUUUAAUUUAGUUUAAAGCCUGAUGAUAUUGAAAAAUCACGAUUUAAAUUUCCCGAAGCGUUUGCAAGUCCGACUAACGGUCUCAAAUCUGUGGUUACUUUGCUAAUUUUCACAUAGUACGAAAGAAAAACAGGAACAAAUGAAAUAUUUGUACAGGUACAAAAUGUGAAAAUGAUUGCCGAUUGAUUUCCAGUCAAUCAAUUCAUCUUUAAAAAAUACCAACUGUGUCAGCUCUACCAGGGUUAAAGGUCACAUAUUAUGAAAGUUACACUUAUGUGUAUAUGUCUCUAAUCCGUCUACAAACCCUCCAAUGAUGAGAGAAGUUCAUCCUCUCCGUCUUCUGCCUGCUCCACUUUUCAGAAAAUGUGUGCUCAAACAGGCCAUUUGGAGAUUUUCCCUUCAUGACAUCACAAAGGGCAGUAGCCCCUCCCCCAGGUGGGUGACACUCCCACAGCUAGGUGUUUGUUCUGCCCUCUGAGUCUGCCUUCUCACCGUAAACAAUAGGACAUGGAGCGAGAAAGCACCGAGUACACCCAAGCCCUUCCAGAGAGGGGGCGUGGUCAGACACAGCUCAUUUACAUAUUUAAAGGUACAGACACAGAAACAGCCUGUUCUGAGCAGGGCUGAAAUAGAGGGGUUUAUAGACAUGAUCAAAUACAGGAUCAGAGUGGAUUUAGAACAAGAAACACAUGCUCUGAGACUUAUUGAAACUGAAGAAGAGGAGGAGAAUAUGUGACCUUUAAGACACGUGAUUGGAUGCAGUCUGAUUAAAUUAGCCGACCUCAAACAGUAAAAAAAAAAAAAAAAAAAAAAAAGAGUUCUUGUUCAAAUCUGGCUGUGCUGAGUUGAAUGGCGUGUCCUGUCUUUGUCUGGAUUUCCGUGUUACAAUGUGCUGCUCUUCGUUUUGUACUAAAAAGGCUUUCAGAUCAAGGCUUGUACAUACACUAUCCAUCAAACGCAACUUUAUUAACAAUAAAACUAGCGACCGGCGACAGAUUCCAGAGACAGUUUCCAGUAUUACAGCUUCUGUGAGCAUGCCCUUUGAGCUCUAAAAAAGACAAAGGCCUUUUUUCAAUUUUUACAUGAAUAGGAAUGUACUGGUGAUAGACGAUGUUGUGGACAUUGAAGUAUAAGAGGGUGGUGGGGUGUUUGUUAAAAAGUGAGUUAUGAUCAAGUUUAGGGAGAGGGAGGGUGGGGUCGUUUCGAUUCGACAUUGUCCCGUGUGAAACUCGGCAGCAUGCUUUUUUUUAAACCAUGCCUAUGAAAAGUGUCUGAUCUUUGGUCCUUUAUAAAUGUGCUUGUAUUUAUUUUUUAUAAGAUAGAUCGACCUUUAUAAAAGAAGAGUCAGUGUGGCCCCACGUCCUUACUCCGUUCAUUCAGCCAACAGUCUUUGUUUGAAACACUUACUAUUUGUUUUCACCGUGUAUCUUCUAUGUCAUAUUUAACAUUCAACUCUUUUUUUUAUCUAGACGAGUAAGAAAAGCACAUCAGUACAAAGGCCGCCGUCUGGAUGUCUAAAAUCUCCAGAGAGACGACCAGAGACCUGCUUAAAUCUCUUCUAUGACACUGAAUCAUGACACCAUUUUUUACUCAUACAGUUUGUAGAUUACACUGUGUUGCAUGCAGCCAUUGAAAGUACAUCUCCAAUCAUCUUUUUCUAUGUUUGCUUCGGUUUAAUUUUAAGAUAUGGGGGCCAAAAUAAAAAAAAGGGGAACACAUAAAGGAGUCUUUUUAAACUUAAAAAAAGUUCUUUGUGUCUACCUGUACUGAUGCUGUGGACUCUUGAGGAAAUGCCUUUUCUUGGCCACGAUAUCUCCCGGUCACCACUUGGAACACAGUGUACAGAGAGAGAAAAAUACAAUUAACCUCAUCCGAAUGUUGAAACUAUUAAAAAUGUUUUUAUAUUA